AUGCUGACAAGUUCUCUUUCUCAGGCCGGUUACAUCAACUGGCGGAUGCGGGUUACUCUUAACGAUGGAAGGGCAAUGACCGGUCAGAUGCUUGCCUUCGACAAGCACAUGAACCUCGUACUUGCGGAUACGGAAGAGUUUCGACGCGUGAAGCGCAAGCAAAACAAGCCAUCUGCCCCCGGCGCAAGUGGUUCAGCUACCCAGACCAUCGAGUCAGAGGAGAAGCGAACUCUUGGCCUCACGAUCGUUCGAGGCGCUCAUAUUAUCUCCCUGUCCGUGGAGUCGCCUCCUCCCGCCGAUCCUAGCGCGCGACUAGGCAAGAGUGCUCCUGGUGGAAUUCCUUCUGCCUUGGCCGCUGGCCCAGGGGUUGCUCGUCCUGCUGGACGAGGAGCUGCACCUCCCUCCCUCGCAGGUCCUGCUGCUGGUGUUGGUGGUGCUCCCCCGCCUGGCUUCCCUGGUUUCCCUGGUGCUCCUGGAUUUCCUGGCCGUGGUGCCCCGCCUCCUGGCUUUCCUGGAAACUUCCCUCCUCCGGCUGGUUUCCCUGGAGGCGCUCAAUUCCCUCCUCCCGGGUUCAACCCUGGUGGUCCCCCACCGCCUGGAUUCCAGCCUCCUCCCCGAAGAUAG